UUCAUGUUAUUUCAAAAUUUUUAACCUUAUCUUGUCUGUUUAUUUACGUUUUAAAGUUAACAAAACGUAAUAAUCUCAAUUAAAAGCGAUUUGCAAUCAUCGCAACGCAAUAAUAUAAUAAUAAAAUCAAAUUGUAAUUUCGCAAAUCCUCUUCGGCGCCAAAACCGGAAGCGAAAUCGCGUAAAGAUUGCGUCAGAUAUCGAAUCGCACUUCUUUCUUCUCUUUAUUUUUCGUGUGCGAGUCCGAAGGUUUUGCUUUGCUCCCCAUUGAAGCAACAAACGCUCUUCGAGAGCCGAUCGAAACGGAUCGAAACGAGACGCCAAGGCGAAUUAAAAUCAUUGCUCGAAGUGAAAAUCCACUCUCUUUUGAAUUUCAACGCAAACGAGAAGAUUUCUGUGGAAAUAAAUGGCUUUUUUAAAAGGAAUUUGGAAAGCGAAUCCCUCAAAACAUCAAAAAUUAUCAGAAGAAUUAGCCCUACAACAAACGAAAGAUGAAGAUAAUCGUUCAGAAACAAUCAGCGAAAACGAUUUGGUUACUUUCAAACUAAAAUAUUUAGGAUCAUACUCAUUAAACGAAUGUUUAACCGACAAUAAACCCCAAGAAGCAGUCAAAAACGUAUUAAAAUCGUUAAAAUCGCAAAAAAGGAAACCGGAAACGGUCGAUCUUACGAUAUCACCGAAAGGAAUUGUAAUCCACGAUUCUAAAGGUGACGAAAUUUUAACGAUUUCGAUUUAUAAAAUUUCAAAUUGUUGUACGGAUCGUUUAAAUCCGAGGAUAUUUUCGUUUUCCGCGACUACGAAUUCGAAUAAAAACGAAUUAAAACACGAGGAAGAUCGUGUGGAAUGUUACGUGUUUUGUUGCGGAAAAAGAAAAUUAACUGAAAAUGUUGCUUUAUCGAUAGCCAAAGCGUUUACGAAUGCUUUUGAAGAGUGGAGGAUUUUACCUACGACGAAACAGUUUCAAAAUGCGAUGGAAAGUAAUUAUAAAAAUGAAGUUAACGAUAAAAAUAAACUUGAACAAUUUGAGGAGGAGCAAUUAAUUCGAUUUGAAGAUGAAGAUUUGUUCUUUGAGGAUAUAAGAUCUGCGAGGAAUGAUAAAAUUCAACGUGAAUGGGUUUGUUUUGAAGAUGAAAGUGCUUUUAAACGUUAUUGAUUUUAAUUUAAUUAUUAUUUUAAGUUAAUUAUUUCAUCAUUUUUUCUUAUUAACAUCAAAAUACCUUAAUUUUAAUUCCAGGCGAGUUCUACUUCAUUUUAGUUUAAAUUAAGGUUAAUUUAGUUUACUUAAAAUGUACAGAAUAAAUAGGUUAUAUUAUUAUAA